AUGCCUCCCAAGUCGAAACCCGGUUCCGGCAAGAAGCCCGCGCCCGCCCCUGGCUCCGGCGCGAAGACCACCAAAACGCCGAAGAACCCCCUGUUCGAGGCGCAGCCCAAGAACUUCGGUAUUGGUCAGGAUAUCCAGCCGAAGAAGGACCUGACGCGCUUCGUCAAGUGGCCGGAGUAUGUCCGCCUCCAGCGCCAGAAGGUUAUCCUCAACCAGCGCCUGAAGGUGCCCCCCGCGAUCGCGCAGUUCUCGCACACUCUCGACAAGAAUACUGCCACGCAGCUGUUCAAGCUCCUGAACAAGUACCGCCCUGAGACGAAGCAGGAGAAGAAGGCUCGUCUCACCGCCCAGGCCCAGGCUACCGCUGAGGGCAAGGCCCCGACCAAGGACGAGACCAAGAAGCCCCUGUUUGUGAAGUACGGCCUGAACCACUGUGUCGCCCUCAUCGAGGCGAAGAAGGCCGCCCUCGUCGUCAUCGCGCACGACGUCGACCCCAUUGAGCUCGUCGUUUUCCUGCCCGCAUUGUGCCGCAAGAUGGGCGUGCCCUACGUUAUCGUGAAGGGCAAGGCCCGUCUCGGGACGGUUGUCCACAAGAAGACCGCCGCUGUUGUUACCCUACAGGAGGUCAAGAGCGAGGACCAGCGCGAGCUGGCUACUUUGGUCAGCGCCGCGAAGGCUAACUUCUCCGACAAGUACGAGGAACAGCGCCGUCAAUGGGGUGGAGGUAUCCGUGGCAACAAGUCCACCCAGAUGCUUCGCAAGCGCGCCAAGGCUGCCGGCCAGACCCUGUCUGCCGCCAACGCUGGCAAGCUGUAA